GCACGCAAAGCACUACCUUUUGCUGAUGGUAAAUUCAUUAAGAGCGAAGUUGAAAUGCAAGUUUUAGAUAUACUUGGUCCUAAAACUGAAGCAGACAAUACAAAGCCAUCGAAAGCAAAAGCAAAAGAUAAGAAAGAAACUAUUACUGAAGUUACAGUUAAGCCUGUUGAAGUUAAAGAACAUUCAAUCACUCAAGUAAUGAAAAAACUCAACUUCCACAAACCUGGUGAAAAUUACAAAGCUGAUGGAUAUGUUAUCACCCCUAAUACUAUGAAGCUCCUUCAGAAACAUUUAUCUGAAACAAAAGGACAGGUUCGUACUAGAUUUCCACCCGAGCCAAACGGCAUUUUGCAUAUUGGUCAUGCAAAAGCUAUCAACAUCAACUUUGGUUAUGCUAAAGCCCAUGAUGGAAUCUGCUUUUUAAGGUUUGAUGAUACCAAUCCAGAAAAAGAGGAGGAGAAGUUCUUCAAUGAAAUAAAUGAGAUGGUCAGGUGGUUAGGGUAUGUUCCAUCAUUUGUUACUCAUUCUUCUGACUAUUUUGAUCAGCUGUAUGAUUUUGCUUGCGAACUUAUUAAGAGAGACUUAGCUUAUGUCUGCCAUCAAAAGCAAGAAGAUAUUAAAGGGUUUAACCCACCACCUUCUCCAUGGCGAGACCGUCCAGUAGAAGAAAGUUUGCAGCUGUUUCAGGAUAUGAAACAUGGGAAAAUUAAUGAAGGCGAAGCAACUCUGCGUAUGAAAAUAACUCUUGAAGAGGGAAAGCAAGAUCCAGUGGCCUAUAGGAUUAAAUUUUUUGCACAUCAUCGAACGGGAAAUAAGUGGUGUAUCUAUCCUACAUAUGAUUUUACCCAUUGUCUCUGUGAUGCUAUAGAAAAUAUAACUCAUUCUUUGUGUACUAAAGAAUUUCAGUCUAGACGUUCUUCCUACUACUGGUUAUGCAAUGCAUUAGAUAUUUAUUGUCCAGUGCAGUGGGAAUAUGGGCGUCUAAAUAUGCAUUAUACUGUGAUAUCCAAAAGAAAGAUUGCCAAAUUAAUCUCAGAAGGGAUCGUUAGAGAUUGGGAUGAUCCACGACUCUUUACGUUGACAGCUUUAAGACGUAGAGGAUUUCCUCCUGAAGCUAUUAAUAACUUCUGUGUUGAGCUUGGUGUCACAGGUGCACAAUCUGUUGUGGAUCCCCAAAUGCUGGAGGCCCAUGUGAGAGAUGUAUUAAAUGUUACUGCCCCAAGAACCAUGGCUGUCUUAGAUCCUCUGAAAGUGAGCAUCAGCUUGGCAGCAAGCACCCCAAUGGUAAUUGAUGUUCCUGAUUUUCCUGCAGAUCCAUCUCGGGGGACUCAUAAAGUGACCUUUUCUGAUGUAGUGUACAUUGAACGAUCUGAUUUCAAAGAGGUUGCACCCAAUAAUCAAUAUAAAAGAUUGACUGUUGCACAAUCUGUUGGACUCAGACAUACAGGUUAUGUUUUGUCCAUUACAGAAGUCAUUAAGGAUAAAGACAAUAAGAUCGUUGAGCUGAAAACAAUAGGAACCCCUGUUGCAAACACUAAAAAGCCUAAAGCAUUUAUUCACUGGGUAUCCGAGCCAAUCACUUGUGAAGUUAGACUAUAUGAACGACUUUUUCAUCAUAAGAACCCUGAAGAUAGUAAAGAAGUUCCUGGGGGUUAUCUUGAAGAUUGUAAUCGUGAUUCCCUUCAAGUUAUUCACAAUGCAAUGAUAGAUUCUAGCAUUAAGGAUGCCAAGACAUAUGACAAAUUUCAGUUUGAGAGGCUCGGAUUUUUUAGCGUUGAUCCUGAUUCUACAGCUAAAAAAAAUAGUCUUCAAUCAGACUGUAACUUUAAAAGAAGAUGUUGGCAAAGAAUAAUUUAGAUUUUUAUAAAAAAAUUCUUUAAAAUAAAAAUUCAAAUUG